CUAUCAAAAUAUCUAUUAUUUUGAACAUAUAAAAUAAGGCUUUCGAUUUAAUUGAAUCAGUCGCGGUGUGGAAAGUCGAGUGGCAACAUGUGGAGUUUUUUGUGUCUAGUGUUCGUUAUUUUCAGAGUGGGAUCUGCAGAUUUGGAUGAUGCUUGUGUUCAACAGCUGACUUCACCAAUAGGUCUUUCAGAAGGUCCUCACUGGGAUACUCGACGAAACAUACUAUACUUUGUUAAUAUUCUAGAUGGAGAAGUAUAUGCCUACCAUUACAAUUCGAAAAUAUUAAAUAAGAUUAAACUUAAUGGCACCGUAUCGCCAGUUGUGCCCUCCCGAAAAGAUUCCAAUCUCCUAAUGGUAGGUGUCAAUAGAUCUGUGGUAGCAGUACAAUGGGAUGGAGAAAAUAAUCUGGGAGGUCAGCAAGUCCUUACUACUCUGAGUCAGCAAUUCCCAGAGACCAGGCUGAAUGAUGGCAAGGCUGAUAAACAAGGAAGGUUGUGGUGGGGAACAAUGGGAUCUGAAGGACGAGGACUCUUUUACACCAUUACCAGAGAAAAUUUAAACGACCCUAAAAUAGCAGCGCAACCCGUGGCUACUAGUAACGGUCUAGCAUGGAACAAAGCAAACAACAAAUUAUACUACAUUGAUACGCCUACACUAAAAGUUGUGUCGUUUGACUAUGAUGACGAAAAUGGCACAAUUUCUUCUACAAACAAUACGAUUUUUGAUCUUAGGUCAACUAAUAAUGUUACAGGUAAUCCUGAUGGAAUGACAAUCGAUACGGAAGACAAUCUUUACAUCGCCUUGUACGGAGGGGGUUCAGUAAUUAAAGUUGAUCCGGCAACUGGAGAACUAUUAAAGGUCAUAGCUAUUCCAGCUAGAGACGUAACAUCUGUAAUGUGGGGUGGUCCAAAUUUGGAUAUACUAUUUGUUACCACUUCCAAUAUAAACUUAUCUCCUUCUGAAAAAAUUCAAUAUCCAGCUGCUGGAAGUGUAUUUGCUGUUACUGGUCUAAACGCCAAAGGGUUUGAAGCUUGCACUGCAGAUAUUAUUGACGAAUUGCCCAAAUAGAAGGGGUAUGGAACAUCGUAAUUAAUACAAACCGGAACUUUUUUCCUAACUCAUUUAUUGAUACAAAAAUUUAGUAUAUUUUUACAUAUAUUUGGUUUAUUUAUUAUUACAAAAAUGUGGUAAAUGAUAAAUAAAGACCUUUUAGUAACUUGUUUAA